AUGGCUACUUCGAGCAACGGCCUACUAGCUACGAAUCCUACAGCACCUCCUACACCAAGGCCAAGCAAGACGUGGCGCAGGCCUUAUAGUGAGAAAAUGCGAGAAAGAAUUGAAAGAAUAUCUUGCCAAACUCUCGAGGGCAAGGAUAGAAAGCUUCACGAGCUAUUUAGAUUCGAUCUUAUGCGGAACGAACUUAUGGACCUGAUGAGCCAAGACGGGUUCUUUCCGGGCUUCACGGAAGCACAAAAGCUGUGGUAUAUUGAUGCUGCAUUAUAUGACAGGUUUAUCUUACCCCAAACAGUAGGCGGUAUCAAAUUCCAAUAUUCUUGCCCACCAGACUCAUUUCAGCUCUCGCCGAUGGCGGAGAAACCGGGAUUUGGGAAACCAACAAUCAAAAAGGAAAAGAAAGAUGGCCAUUCUAUGGAUGAAAGUGUUCGCCCCUGGUCAGAAGGAAGCAGAUGGGGAGCGAGUCCAAAGCAGCCCAUCCUCCCCAAACCCGUUACGAGUAUCAAGACAGAGGAUGGUACUCCACAGAUUUCUCUGAAAGAUAUCUCAAUUCACGGUAAUACUGUUCAACCAGUUCCUCGAGAAGCCAAAACUGCUUCUGCUUCACCAAACCAGGGCAAUUCAUCCAAGGAUGAUGCUAACGAACAAGAUUGUGCGAGUUCUGCUGAUGGACUUGGAAAGACUCAAGCUAGCUUAGGUGUUCUUGACGAUUCCGGUCCUAAGAAUGGUCAGCUCAUCAAAUUGGAAAUAGAGGACGUCCAGUGA